CAUAAAUCGAUGAUAUACUAACGCCCAUUGAAGUUACUCUUGGUAUUAUAUUUGUAAAAAUCUAUAUUAAAUUAAUAUAUCGUAAUGAACGGAAAGCGCACAAAAAUGUUACCUAAACUCCGGACGUUAAAAAUCACUUUCCUAUUGAUUAUGUCGUUAUCACUACUCUGUAUAUACAACUGGACUUCAACCAAGAUUGCGGUUAGAGAUCUCAUAUACCUGACCAGGCCAAUUUGGGAUGGUAGCCAACAAGUAUUUACAAUAGUACCUCAUUAUUAUACCGAUGGUCUGAAUGGCAGCCAAUUGUGUCAUUUCCACGGCUGGCAGAAGAGAACAAAUACAGUGCAAGUGAUCGACACAAUCAUAUUCUCCAUAGAACUAGACUUAUUAGAGAUCCGAAUCAAAGAGUUGUGGCCUUUUGUCGACCAUUUCAUUGUCUUAGAGGCCGACAAAACAUUUACCGGAAGACAGAAACGACUUUUACUAAAUGAAAAGGCCGACAAAACAUUUACCGGAAGACAGAAACGACUUUUACUAAAUGAAAGUUUGCGAAACUUUUUGUGGGCUAAAGAGAAACUACGAUAUCAUUCAUACACCGGUUUAGAGGCAUUAAAACCGGGAGAAAACCCGUUCAAAAAUGAAGGUCAAAUGAGAGGUUAUUUGGAUCAAGUUGUGUCCAAAUACGCUAAAACCGGUGAUAUAAUCAUCUGCUCGGAUGUGGACGAGAUUCCAUCCGAAGAGACCGUACAGUUGUUGAGAGAUUGUACGGGAUUUUCAAAUAACAUGCAUUUGCAGCUCAAUAUGUAUUUGUAUUCAUUUGAAUACUUCUACAGCACUGAUGACAGCUGGAGGGCUCACAUCUCCAUCUAUGACAACAACUUCCACUACAGACACGGAAGACUGUCCGACCACUUGUUGGCCGACGCGGGAUGGCACUGUUCCUUCUGCUUCAGAAAUAUCUCGGACUUCAUAUUCAAAAUGACUUCGUAUUCACACAACGAUAGAGUUAUGGACGAGAAGUUGUUACUGAAGGAAGAGAUCCAGAAGAAGAUAUGCAAUGGAGAGGAUGUGUACGACAUGUAUCCCGAAGUGUAUAGUUUUCGGGAACUGGUGCUCAAGUUUGGUGCGAUUCCUAAACCAGUUUGGGACAAGUAUAAAGGAAAGCCAUUCACAAUAUUACCACAUUAUUAUUCUGAAGAACUUAAUUCAAGUCAAUUAUGUCAUCUGCACGGCUGGCAGAAGAGGACAAAUACAGUGCAAGUGAUCGACACAAUCAUAUUCUCCGUAGAACUGGACUUAUUGGAGAUCAGAAUCAAAGAGUUGUGGCCUUUUGUCGACCAUUUCAUUGUCUUAGAGGCCGACAAAACAUUUACCGGAAAACAGAAAAAACUUUAUCUAAACGAGAGAUUAGAAGACUUUUCGUGGGCUAAAGAGAAACUGCGAUAUCAUUCCUAUAGUGGACUCAAAGUAUUAAAACCGGGAGAAAAUCCAUUUAGAAAUGAGGGCCUUAUGAGAGCUUUCUUGAACCAAAUUGUGUCCAAAUACGCCAAAACCGGUGAUAUAAUCAUCUGCUCGGAUGUGGACGAGAUUCCGUCCGUACAGACCGUACAACUGGUCAAAGAAUGCGAUGGAUAUCCAGAAAAUAUGAAUCUAUUGCUCAAAAUGUAUUUAUACUCAUUUGAAUGGUUUCUUGUGGACGAAGAAGAGAGCAGAAGCGCUCACAUCUCACUCUAUAGACAAAACCAGUUCCGAUACACUCACGGAAGGACUUCCAACUAUAUAUUGGCCGAUGCGGAGCAGGAAGACGUCCACAAGAGUAUGUGUGAACUGCGCGAAGAGGUGGACAAACACGACCAACAGAUCCGUCAGCUCCAGAAGAAUCUCAAAGAAGCCGAACAUAUAUUGUCGACUGCCAUAUAUCAGGCCAAACAUAAGCUACAAAUCAUAUCAAAGGCCACAACACAACCGAUGCAAUCAGAAGAGCUGAUUCGAUACGCCCAUAAGAUCAGUGCCGCCCACUCGGUGUCGGCGCCGUAUAAUUGGGAAAUCGGUGACCAGAGGCGGCCCUAUCCCACAGACGUGGAGAUGCGUUCCGGUCUAUUGGCCAACGCCAGCGAUCCCACCACUAUGUCCAACAUUAUAGCCCAACAGAGCCAUCAGAUGAACAACUAUGGCAGCGGCGCUCAGACGGCCCAACAGCAGCAGCAAGACUACCCAGCUGGCGGCUCAUGA